UGCCCGGCAGCCCGCGGCCCGCGGGAAGUGGCGUCCGGCCGCAUCCGGGAGCGCGGAUCCGCCGGAGCGUGUUCCCUGCGCGGUGUGGCGCUUGCGGUGCGGCCAUGGCGGACUCCACGCAGAACGGGCCCAUGCCAGGCGGGGCCGGCGGCGGAGCCGUGCAAUUUCUGAUGGCUAACAAGUUGGAUACAGCAAUGUGGAUUUCCCGCUUGUUCACAGUUUACUGCUCAGCUUUAUUUGUCCUGCCUCUACUAGGGUUGCAUGAAGCAGCAAGCUUUUAUCAGCGUGCCUUGCUGGCAAAUGCUCUUACCAGUGCCCUCCGACUACACCAAAGGCUACCGCACUUCCAGCUUAGCAGGGUGUUUCUGGCCCAGGCCUUGCUGGAGGACAGCUGCCAUUACCUGUUGUACUCCCUUAUCUUUGUGAAUUCCUACCCUGUUACAAUGAGUAUUUUUCCAGUUCUGCUGUUCUCUUUGCUUCAUGCUGCCACAUACACAAAGAAGGUUCUUGAUGCACGAAGUUCAAAUAGUUUGCCCUUUUUGAGAAAUCUCUUAGAGAAACUGAAUGCUAAUCAACAGAAUAUUCUAAAAUUCAUUGCUUGCAAUGAAAUUUUCCUGAUGCCAGCUACAGUUUUUAUGCUCUUCAGUGGACAAGGGAGUCUGCUCCAACCAUUCAUUUACUAUAGGUUUCUUACAUUACGCUACUCUUCUCGGCGAAAUCCGUACUGUCGGAUUCUCUUCACCGAGCUCAGGAUCGUUGUUGAACACUUAAUAACGAAGCCUUCGUGCCCUGUUUUUGUAAGAAGACUAUGCCUCAGUGGCAUUUCCUUUAUAAGCAGAUUGGCACCAACUGUUGCAUAGCCAAAUUCAGGCACUUGUGUUUUGUGAACAUUAUGAGCAGCUGGCACUUCUGCUGAUGAUUGGAAAUUCCUGGUUUUACACUGAUCUCACUCCAGGCUGUAUAAAAAUACAUAUAUGCUUUUCUUGGAGAUAUAUGAAAUUUAGCAUAUCAAAAACAAACAAUAGAAACUUAAAUUAACCGUGCUGUAUUGUUAAUUGAUGAGAAAAGUAGCUACAUCCUACCUAAAAUGUGCCCCAUCAUACAAAUUUGUUGUUUUCUUUUGUUUAUUUAAAUCAAGGAUUGUUUGAGAUUGAAACUUACUAUAAGAGAUCUGUGCUCAGUAGGUUUAUGUUAGUUGGAACUAUAGUUACUUUAGGGUGUCUCCAGUGGAUAGCAGUUGAUACACAUACCUAUGCAGUACACUUGGACAGUAUUCUUCUGCUUACUAAAUGUAUCUGUAGAACUGUUUUGUCCAGUUUACUUUACUCAGUGUAGAAAUACAGCCCACUUUGAAGUUAACACAAGGGAUUAAACUCUAUCAAGCUAACAGAGAUAACACUCCUUUCUGAAGGAGAGGCUAUUUUUAUUAAUAAUACUUAAAAAGAACUCUCUCAUGUUUCUACCUUGUGACAUAAUCUUAAAUUACACUGUUGGAAGAAAUACCAAGACUGAUCACAGAAAAUGCUGUGCAGUUUUCUUGUCAUAACGAGUUGUUUUACCAAGCCAAUCUGCUGACCUGUAGGAUUUUCAGACAAAGAUGCAAUGCUUAAACUUUUAACCAUGUCUCAAAUGAACUAAUCAAUAUUAUUGAAGUAACUUUUGCAAAGUCAGUGCAGAUUUGUUCUUGUGUCCACACAAACGUGAGACUGCAGUAAUUCAAGCAUGUUAGCUUUUUAGAAAAUUAAUCUGUAGGUAGCUCUAUAUAAAUUGUUACUCCAGUUUCUGAGGCCCUCAUUGUGAUAGGAAAUUUGCAUAAAGAAUCACACCUCUUUAGGCAUCUUCUGAAACAAAUGGGUGUAGUAUUUCUUGGCAUAAAUCCAUCUGAUGACUGAUCUGAAGCCAGUGUCAUGGCUACAGAAGUGAAUAUUAAAUUAAGUGCAUAAAUUAAUUACACUGAUGAUGCAUUUACCCAGCAGCUGAAGGGUAGGUAAUGGAAAAAUAAUGCUAUCUCUCUGAACACAACUUCUUUCCAGAAACUCAAGGCAAAAUAUUUGUCGAAUUUUCUGUAGUUAAUGCUAGUAUUCUAAUUGCAUAAAGUUAAAGAGCUUUCAUUGGCCUUUUGUAAACUUCUGUAGCACUGAACUUAACUAUUCUUCCAUGGUCAGAGAAACCUUAUGAGAAAAUCUUUCAAAAAUAGUCUUGAAGCAAAGUAUUUUCCUGUAACUAUUGAGUUAUCUUGUUUGUGAUAUGGAUAUCAUUCCAACAUUCCAGUUGUAUUAGUUUUUAGAUCAGAGCCAUGUAUUUAUAAACUUAUUUCAUUUUUUUGCUCAGCCUCUUGGUACUGAUGAACUAGUUGGUAAUUGAAUAUGAUAUUCUUUGACUACUUGUCUUGCUCUCUGAACAUGAUUAGCUAUUUAUAGAAUACUGCAGAAGCAACUGCAUGCAGUUAAUGCUCUACAGCUGCUAAAGACUUGCAAUGAGAUUGAUUAUGUGUAUAUCCUGUAAUUUGAGGAUUUUAUAAAAACUAAAAUUUCUACUGCAAUAAAAAGAGUGUUAAAUGUAA